UGAUUCUCAUGACACGUAUUAAAAUGCCAACAGAACUUGAAAAAUUCCUUACCCAAACUUCACUCAACUAACUGUAAACCACCGCCGUUAUGCUCUUCCACGACGCCGUUCACCGGCGACUGCUGUCAUUACUGCAGCCGUGGUUGCAAGAAGAACCGGAAAUUGAACUCCAAUUAGGGUUUAUCAACUCUGAAUUGACCGCAAAGAAGUUAAAAUUCGAUGUCUCUGCUCUCAAUAAUGAAUACGAAUCCUCUCGGUUUAAAUUUAAAGAAGUCACCGUUGAUCACUUGAGUUUUCGCUUCUCCAACUGGUCUUCCCCUGCUUGCAAAAUUGGAAUUCGCGGUGUCAAUAUCACUCUUUUAGCUGGGGAAGUGAAGGAGGAGGGGAGUUUGAGAAGGGAGAGGAAAUUGAGUGAGGAAAAGAAGAAGGCGGUUGCCGGGUUUGAUCCUGAGGGUAGUGCCUUGCAUGAUGUGCUGGAGAGGAUCUUGCUUAACCCACCUUCAAGGAAUUGGUUUAAAACCUCUCUGUUGAAUCUUGUUCUCAAACAUUGCCACUUACAGAUUUCUGAUACUAAUCUGCAAGUGCAGUUUCCUGACUUGAAUGAUGCUGUAGUUUUUUUGUUGGAACUAAAGGAUUUUAAUGGAGAAUCUGAGCACUCUGAUCCUGGGUGUCUUUUAAGAGGGGUUGUUGGUGCAGUUCUUAAACCUCUAAAAGUGGUUUCUUUUGUUAUGGAUUUUAGAGGUUUUGGGUUUGCAUAUAAGAUGGAAGAUCAGAUAAACCACAUUUCUUCUUUCACAGAUCUGCUUUCUUGCAUUAAAUUAAAUGACCUUCGGGUGGCAGACUUUAAUAUCCGUGUUCCAAAAUUAAGUCUGUUGUUUUCUCCACUUGAUCUCCUUGUUUUGUCAGCUUUUGGUAAACUAUCAACGAAAGAACGAAAACAUGUCAGAAGUGGGAGACAACUAUGGAAACUAGCUGCAAACAGAUUAGGAUAUGUCCCUUCCUCUCCCAGAUUAUCAUUGCAUAAAUCAGUUGAUUUCAUUUGCCUCUGGCUGCGUUAUCAAAAUGCAUAUGAGUAUUUGCUGUCUCUGCUAGGAUAUUCUGCUGACAACUUAUUAAAAAAGUCUGUUAUUAAGUUGUCUGAGGGGAAAAUGUUUCUGAAUUCUGUCAAACACAAUUGGGGGGAGAUUUCCGGCAUAGAGAAGGAGUUGCCUGCUGAAGCUAUUGCCCAGGCACGACGGAUAGCACGAUACAGAGUAGUCUCAAACAUUCAAAAUGGUAAAAAUAGUUUCAAAGAAUCUUUAAUGGAUAAACAAGUCAGUGUUUUCUCCAAGAUCCUUUCAGUAUUCAUGGUCAUUUGGAAUGUUAUGUACAAGAUUUUGCUCUAUAUUUCACGAUAUUUCUUUUUAAUUAUACAUUUCUUUCAACGAUCAAAACCUGAUUGGAAUCCGGGAAACAACUUUGAAGAUUACAGCUCCCGAUAUUGCUUCCUGCUAAACUUUGGAAAGAUUUUAGUUACUUUUUCUUCAACAAGCAAGCACAAGAAUGUUGAUGAAAGAAUGGAGUCCCAUACAGGGAUUUCAUUUUCUGAUAUACACUCAUUCUGUCUAUCAAUUCAUAAGCUGUUACUUGCAUAUGUUGAUGAAGUUUUUGAACAGUCUUUGUCUCUUUCCUGUGGGAAGCUGAAGGUUAAGUCCUCUUCUGUUAUGGAGACUGCAAUUGUGGAUAGGAGUGUAAAGAAUCCUUUUAGUCCAAAAAAAGUACGUCGGAAAGAGAGUGUUGAUAAAUUAAAAACUAUCCUGAUGGGUAAGCCUGCACAAGCAUUUCUUCCUUCACAAACUAGUGAAACCAGUGUUGCAAAUCCAGCUGAAGGAACCUGUAAUCCAUAUUUGCAGACACUUUUGGGAGAAAUGUGGUUGGCUUGGCAAAAAUCUUCUGCGGGAUAUAGGGAUAAUGAGAUUGCAUAUUCUGAAACACCAUGGCUUCUUUGUGAGAUUAAAAACUGUUUGAUGGAUCCAAACCUGAAGAGACCAGUUUCUGGGUUUUGGAAAUGCAGUUUGACAGCUGGGAAAUUAAAUUUAGCUUUGGGGUAUUCAUCAGUAUUGUCAUUGGCUAUACUGCUUGGCCAGAUACAGCAUGCUCUAAAUUUGAAUGAGAACACCGGGAGGGCAACUGUACUUCUGAAUUUUCCUCCAACCAUCGAAAAUCAGGAAGAAAUUAGUUGGGAAGAUAAAUAUGAGUUGUAUUCUAAUAGACUGAAGUUGACUUUUCUUAGAAUGCUUCCGGAGAAACAUAUUGAACUUGGAGUUUUUGUAAAUGGUCCUUGUAUUGAAAUGACACCGAGAAAGGUUGGACUUAACAGUGGGGAUAAAGACAUGAAUCAGGAUGAUUUUCACCUUGGUUUUGAUAUCCAGAAUAUUGAGGUUGUUGUAUGGCCAACCUCAAAGUCGGAUUUGGCAUUAACUGGAUGGUCAGAAUCUGAUGGUGCAGAACCAGAAAGCCACAAAUUGCGAGAGCCUCAGAUAAUUGAAAUUCCUAAACCAGAUAAUGAAAAGUAUGCAUCUGAGGGAUGGAUUUCUCUUGGUUCUUACUUCAAGCUUAGUGGUUUCAAUAUUUACAAGGGGAAUUCAGCAGAAAGAGAACAAAACCAAAUCUUUUCAAUGAAGCCAGUAGCUGCUCGGUUAUCAUUCUUCAGGGAGUUUGUAUAUACAUUUAGCACAACUGUCAUUGCUUUCUCAACAACUUUCUCUGUGACAGCUUCAGGAUUCUCUAUUAUAUCAUUUAUGGAUGAGUUGCAUGUUCUCUUUCAGGUGUUUGCAGGUUUGUUUUCAACAGUUUCGCUUUCAUAUGCUUUCAGGAGCUUUGAUAUAAGUGGUUUUAUGCCUCUUCAAAACUUUGUGAGGCAAAAUAUGGUGUUCAGUGAACUUGAGAAUGAUGAAAUUAGUGCUGAAGGAGCAGCUUUGAUUUGUAAUAGCACUUUGGUCUCAACUACCGGAACCUUCAACUUCAAGUCGAUGGAUGUAAUUCUUCAGAAUUCUAGGAUAGAUGAUGAGGGAAGUUCUGUAAAAACAUACGCUGCUACGAGCAACCAAAUGGCUAGGCAUGAUUUGCCUGAUUGUGGAAUUUUGAUUUCUGUUCAUCAAACUCAUGCAGAGGUAUCUUUGGAAGAGCAGAAAUUGGAAAUUCUCUGUGAUUUGCAAGGAAUUCAGUUUGUAAUUUCUAGAUAUCCGGACCACAUGCUGAAAAGUUUUGAUCACUCUGUAGUUAGAAACUUGCUGCAGCAAACUGAGGGUGGGUUAUAUGAAAUAUUUCUUUCUGAUUUCACAUUUACAUUUUGGCUGGGUCAACCUCACAAUAGUUUGAAUAACUUGGAUGGUAAAACUUCUUCAAGUGAUAAUACAUCACAAACAGUGGAGAAUGCCCAUUUGAUCAGUGAGUGUGAAACAUCAACUGCUCAAUCCUCUAGAUUCACUCAGAAGUCAGAUUUUGCUACAGAUACCACAGCUUCAUACCCAAGUCAAUGGAUUCUCGUAAAUGUUACACUUGGUAUAAUUUUUGUGGCAAAGGGCUCAUUAAAGAAUUCUCUGGUUGGGCCAAAUCAAUUCAAUAAGCUUACUGCAUUGCUUGAAGUUGGGAGAAAUCUUCAGACAAUCUCUUGGGGAAUAAAGGGUGGCGUUCUUGUCCUUGAAACAGCAGCAUUAACAAUGUUUUUUCGGUGUGUUGUUUCAUAUCUCCAACGUAUAAAGGAUCUCUUAUCAAUCAUUAGUUCUUCUGUUAAACAAGCUGAAAAUGCUGAAAAUGAGGCCCAAGAGAUGCUACAUAUGACCCGACAAACCAAAUGGGAAUGGCUUGAAGCUUCCACUAUAGAUGUGUCUCAGUUUUCUCUUACUCUUGUUGUUGAAGAUGGCUCUGGAGGUUUUCAGGAACUUGUGAUUGAGGUUGAUGUCCAUAUGAAGUUUGAAUCUGCCAAUCUGCUGAGGAAAUUCAUAUUUAACCUUUCCAGAAUGGUGAUCUUUUCUCAAGUUCAUAGAAAUUAUGUAGAAAAAGAAAAUCAUGGAAGUCAUCAGAGCAAAAUGUUGAAUAAUUUAGUUGCCUCUAUAUCAGCUGAAAAGCAUGAGAAUGAUCAUAAAUCAAAUCAGGUUUGGGUUGGUAUGGGUUCUAUUUCAGGUUUUGAAAUGACAAUAUCCUUGUCUGAAAUACAGAUGAUUUUAUCCAUGGUUUCAUCCUUCUCCUCUGCAUCAAGCAAAGAGACAGGCAGUGACCUGAAACGAAGGCGAUUGCCCAGUAACCAAGAACCUGACAACUGUUUCGAAACUAUGGUUCCUGAUGGAGCAAUUGUGGCAAUUCAAGAUGUGCAUCAACACUUGUACUUUGCUGUUGAGGAAAGGGAAAAUAAGUAUAGUUUGUUUGGUGUUAUUCAUCAUUCACUUGUAGGGGAGAAGGCACUUUUUAGGGUCAAGCACCAUAAGCAAAGAAUGUGGAAGUCAUCAGUUCUGUGGUUUUCCUUGAUAUCAUUGCAUGCUAAGAACAAUGUUGGUGAACCAUUGCGAUUGAACUAUCAUUCUGGAUCAGGUUUUGUUGAGAUCUCCAGUGCUAAUGAUAGUGGUUGGUCACUCUGGAGGAUACUUCCUUGUCAGCCUGAAAGCUACAACAAUGAUAUUGAUUGGGAGCCAUACAAUAAGUUGGUUAAAGAUACUUUUUACCUGGUAAAUAAGAAGAGUGACUCAGCUGUUGCAUUUGCUGAUGGAGUUCCGUUGUUUGUUAGAAAGCCUGGACACCCUUUCAAGUUUAAAGUAUGUAAUCAGUUUCCUAGGACGCAUGAGGAUGCAGGCAGAAUUUCUGGCCAGUGCAGAAGUCUCCCUUGCCUUCAAAUUAAAAUUGACCAUGUUUCUGUGACCAUUGUCCAUGAACUUUUAGAUACAAGGGACAGGUUUCCACUUCUUCGUUGCUGCAUCAGUAAUACUGAGCUUAAUCUCCAGAUUCUAUAUUAUAAAACCAGAGUUAUGACCACAUCAAUUGCUUUGCUUGAUUUCUUUGAUGCCCAAAGAAAUUUGUGGAGAGAACUUGUCCACCCUCGUGAAAUAUGUACAUUCUAUCGUUCAGUUUUCCACAUUCAGGAUUCAGAAACUGUUCAGCAUGGAGCACCAGUUCAUUUCUAUUGCCGAAGUAAAGAGUUGGACAUAUCCCUAACUGAGCUCUCCUUGGACGUACUUCUUUUUGUGAUUGGGAAAUUACAAUUGGCGGGUCCAUUUUCAUCGAGGAGCUCCAUGAUUUUGUCCAACUGCUGCAAGGUGGAAAACCAAACAGGUUUGAGCCUUAUUUGUCACUUCUACAACAAGAAAAGUGUUACAAUAGCCAGAAAACAGUCUGCUUCUGUUUCUUUAAGCAGCCAAAUAUUGGCAAAUCAACCUCCAGAAAGCAAGUCACUUGUUACAAUUCAGCUUUCUGAUCUCGGAUCUUUUGCUACUUCCUCACUUGAUAUUUCUAUCCUAGAAACUCGAGUGCUUGCUUGGAGAACAUCUAUAGUGUCACUUCGAGAUUCAAGAACUUACCCUGGGCCAUUUGUAGUGGUUGAGACUUCAAGGAAAUCCAAGGAUGGUUUGUCAAUUUCGGUUUCUCCUUUAAUAAGAAUUCAUAACGAAACUGAAUUCUCCAUGGAACUAUGUUUUCGACGUUCUCAACAAGAUGAAGAUGUGUUCGCUCCAAUUUUACUGAAGAAGGGGUCUUCUGUUGAUGAUUCCAUGAAAGUGUUUGAGGCUAUAGGUUCAUCUGGUGGAUUAAAGAAGGCAUUAAUGUCUUUCACUGAUGGAAACUUCUUAUUUUCUUUCAGACCUGAAAUCACAGAUGAUUUGAUAAAUUCUAAGAGUCCUCUUUCAGCAGAAUGGUCAGACGAGCUUAAAGGUGGAAAGGCUGUUUUCCUUUCUGGAAUUUUCGAUAAACUAAGCUACAAAGUCCGCAAGGCAUUGUCUGUUGAUACAAUUAAAUGUUCCUUUAGCACUGCUGCUUGUACCCUAAAAUCUGGAGACGCGCAUCCUACUAACCUGCAUUUUCUUAUUCAAAGCAUUGGAAGAGAUGUGCCUAUCAUACAGCCUGAUAAGUCUAGUGGUAGUUCUGAUAUGACUUCAGCUGUUGCAUUACAGGAGCAGAAGGAAAUUUUUAUACUUCCUACUGUAAGGGUGUCCAAUUUACUGCACUCUGAGAUACAUAUGCUUUUGACUGAGAAGGGUCCAUGUACUACUGUUGGUAGUGACAGUUUUGGGAAGCAGGCAGCCAUACCAUGUGGAUCAACAGUUGACUUUUAUGCUAAUCCUGCUAUAUUAUAUUUUACUGUUACCUUAACUGCUUUUAGUAUGAGCUGCAAACCGGUGAACAGUGGUGAUUGGGUCAAGAAGUUAGUUAAGAACAAAAAUAAAGUGCACUUUCUGGACAUUGAUCUGGAGUUUGGUGGUGGAAAGUAUUUUGCAUCUCUAAGAUUGUCACGUGGGUACAGGGGCAUAUUAGAGGUUUCUGUCUUUACACAAUAUUCCUUGAAGAAUGACACUGAGUUUUCACUCUUUAUGUUUGCACCACAUCAGAAGCCUCUGUCUAGGGAUGAGGUCAGGAGAUUCGGUUCCACCAUUCCUCCUGAUUUGGGAUUAUUUUCUCCUCCUAACUCGAUAAGAUCAUGGUUUUUAAAAUCACACAAGACGCGGCUUAAAUUGUUAGAGGACUCUGUAUCUGAGGCACUGUUAGACUUGGAUGCUCUGUCUGGCCUCACUGAGAUAAGCUUGGACAAAGAAGAAGGGUCUGGAGAGAAAAGCAUUGUGAAGUUUGGGGUUUCUGUGGGACCCUCUUCGAGUAGUGCAAUGGUCCCAUCACAGAUAGUGACUAUGGUCCCAAGACAUGUUGUAUUUAACGAGUCAGAGGAAAAUAUCACUGUCCGUCAGUUUUAUUUGGAGAAGGAUGAAGCAACAAGCCUUGUACACAUUAACAGUAAACAGAGAACAGCACUAAAGCUUUGGAAUGUAAUUAGCAAGAGGAGAGAAUUCAGUUUAUUCGAGAAUUUCAUCAGGAAGCAUAGAAACGAUAUCGAUACUUCAUUAGUAUAUAUCCAGUUCCAGCUGAAUGACCCUGAAUCUAGCUGGUCAGGGCCGGUAUGCAUUGUUUCAUUAGGACGAUUUUUCAUAAAAUUCAGGAAACAAUCAAAUCAAGAUCAAGCAUUAGACAACAGUGCAUUUGAAUUUGCUGCUAUUCAUGUGGUUGAAGAAGGUUCUACUGUUGGUGUGCACUUCCACAAACCACCAAAUGUUACUCUACCAUAUCGGAUUGAGAAUCACUUGCAUGAUUUACCUCUCACUUUCUGUCAAAAGGAUUCAUCAGAGAGAGAGAUUCUUGGAUCUGACUGUAGUGCUUAUUACGUAUGGGAUGAUUUGACUCUUCCGCAUAAACUGGUUGUUCUAAUCAAUGAUCUUCAACGUGAGAUAAACUUGGAUAAGGUACGGGCGUGGAAACCUUUUCUCAAAUCAACAAAACUUCGAGGAUUGGCAUCUCAUUCUCUUUUGCACAAAGAGUCCAGAGACCACAAAAGCUACUUUGAUCAUCCAAACAGCAUGGAUGUUAUGAAGGUGGGGUAUGAAGUAUAUGCUGAGGGUACCACACGAGUUUUAAGAAUUUGCGAGUUUUUGGAUAGUCACAAGAGAGAUAGAUUGUCUCAGUUAUGUGCCAAGAUCCAAGUGAGAGUGUUUCAUUUUGCAAUCCACUUUCUUGAGCAUGAAAAAAAGGAUGUUGAUGAGGUUGUCGAUCUCACUUAUACGCCACUUAUAGUUGCAAGGCUUGGAAAUAUCAGUGUGGACUCAGUGUUCACUGAUCUGAAGAAAUUUAACCGGAUCAGUGUGCAGUCAUUAAAUGUGGAUCAGAAGUGGUUAGGUUCUCCUUUUGCGGCAAUGCUUCGCAGACAUCAAUCAGACUUCAGUGACUCAAAUGCUUCUGUACUUGAAUUUUUCCUUGUCCUACUUUCAACCAGCUCCAAUGUUAGGCAAGUUGAAUACUCAUCCAUGAUUCUGCAGCCAAUUGAUUUGAAUCUUGAUGAGGAAACUUUAAUGAGAAUUGCCUCAUUUUGGCGUACGUCUCUCAGUGACACCAGUACUCCAAGUGGACAACAUUACUUUGAUCAUUUUGAGAUCCAUCCAGUAAAGAUUAUUACUAAUUUUCUUCCGGGGGACACAUAUUCAAGUUAUAAUUCAGCACAGGAGACCCUAAGGUCCUUACUGCAUAGUGUGAUAAAGGUUCCUCCCAUAAAAAAUAUGGUUGUUGAACUCAAUGGGGUACUCGUUACUCAUGCUUUAAUAACCAUGCAUGAAUUGUUUGUCAGAUGUGCACAGCAUUAUUCAUGGUAUGCAUUGAGGGCCAUCUAUAUUGCAAAAGGAAGCCCUUUGCUUCCGCCAGCUUUUGCAUCCAUAUUUGAUGAUUUGGCUUCGUCUUCUCUCGACGUCUAUUUUGAUCCUUCACGUGGGUUGAUUAAUAUUCCAGGUUUCAAUUUAGGCGCAUUCAAAUUCCUCAGUAAAUGUAUCAAUGCUAGAGGGUUCUCGGGGACAAAACGCUACUUUGGUGACCUGGAAAAAACUUUGAGAACAGUGGGAUCCAAUAUGAUGUUUGCUGCUGCCACUGAAAUAUCAGACUCUGUUCUGAAGGGAGCAGAAACAAAUGGUUUUGAUGGAAUGGCGAGUGGUUUCCGGCAAGGGAUUCUGCAAUUGGCUAUGGAACCAUCACUACUGGGGACUGCUUUAAAAGGCGGCGGCCCAGAUAGAAAGGUGAAGCUUGAUCAAAAUCCAGGCAUUGAUGAGUUGUAUGUCGAAGGAUAUUUGCAAGCAAUGUUGGAUACAACGUACAGACAAGAGUAUCUGAGAGUCAGAGUGAUUGAUGAUCAGGUUUUCCUUAAAAACCUACCCCCGAAUAGUGCCCUCAUAGAUGAGAUCAUGGAUCGUGUGAAGGGAUUCCUGAUAAGCAAAGGAUUGCUGAAAGGUGAUCCUUCAACAUCUUAUCGCCCCUUGCGUCAUCUUCAAGGAGAGAGUGAAUGGAACAUUGGACCAACAGUGUGGACUUUGUGUGAACAUCUUGUUGUGAGCUUUGCGAUCCGCAUGCUGAGAAAGCAAACUGGAAAAUUCGUGGCCAAAAUUAAUUUGAAAAAAGAACCAGAAGGCGACGAUGGCAAAGCAAUUGUCCCUGCAGACUCCCGUGAACAGGAGAAGAAGGCGAAGUUUAUAUGGAAAUGGGGCAUUGGUAGGUUUGUGUUGUCAGGCAUUCUUGCAUAUAUUGAUGGAAGGCUCUGUCGUUCUAUUCCUAACCCUGUAGCACGGCGAAUUGUCAGUGGCUUUUUGUUGAGCUUUUUGGACAAAAACGAUAGUGGACAGUAGAAGGAUUUGACACAUGCACUUCUCAUUCAGUU